GAAGGAUUUGCCUUUUCACAUUGCACAACUUGCAAAGCUCAAUAUCAUCUGCGAAUUGUGGAUUUUGAAGACAACUCCUGGCGUAAAGUAAAGUUCAGACUUUUCGUGGCAAGGGAUGUUUUCCUUGUAUUUUUGGCUGUCCAAACUUUUUACAAGUGA